AUGCCUGAAAAUCCUGCUGCAGAUAAACAGCAGGUGCUGCAGAUCCUUGAUCGUCUGCAAGCAAAACUGCGUGAGAAAAGAGAUUCCCAACAUAAUGAAAACCUGACUGUUUUACGUAACACACUCAAGAGCCCUUUGUUUAACCAGAUACUGACCCUCCAGCAAUCCAUCAAGCAACUGAAGGAACAACUCAAUUACAUGCCUCCUGACCGUUCAGUAGAUUUUGAUUUUACUAAGAGAGGGCUACUAGUGUUUGCUGACAAAUCAGUUGCUGCUGGGAGCGUGUAUACACCUGGCAGUUCACCUGAACCCAAAGCAUCUACCUUCCCUUCAAACCUGGGAGUUAAUGAAUUUAACACAAUCAUCCAACAGAUGGCAAAGGGGAGACAAAUAGAAUCAAUAAAGAUUGAAAAGCCUUCUGUUGGAGGUCUUGGAUUUAGUGUGGUUGCCCUUAAAAAUCACAGCUUGGGAGAAGUUGGUAUCUUUGUCAAGGAAGUCCAGCCAGGAAGCAUAGCUGACAGGGAUCAAAGGCUAAAGGAAAAUGACCACAUACUGGCCAUUAAUUGCACCCCAUUGGAUCAGAACAUUUCCCAUCAGCACGCUAUUGCCCUCCUCCAGCAAUCCACAGGAUCUCUACAUCUGGUUGUUGCUAGGGAGCCAGUUCAAGGAAACAGCAGAACUUCGGCUGUCUUAUUAAGUGAUAUAAAUCCACCUGAGACUAUUCACUGGGGCCAUGUUGAAGACGUUGAGCUGAUUAACGAUGGUUCAGGAUUAGGCUUUGGAAUUGUAGGAGGAAAAUCAAAUGGAGUAGUUGUAAGAACAAUUGUUCCUGGGGGAUUAGCAGAUCGGGAUGGGAGGCUCCGGACAGGAGAUCACAUCUUACAGAUUGGAGGGACCAAUGUGCAAGGAAUGACCAGUGAACAAGUUGCCCAAGUGCUGAGAAACUGUGGGAAUUCUGUUAGGAUGAUCGUUGCAAGAGACCCGAAGCGUGAAAUUAUGGAGACUCCACCAGCUCCUGUGAGCUGGCCAGUCAGUACAUUACCUUCCUUUCAAAAUGGAAAUGAUAAUACCAACCUUUUUAAGACCUAUGAUGUUGAACUUAUAAAAAAGAAUGGGCAAAGCCUGGGGAUAACAAUUGUUGGAUAUGCUGGCACAUCACAUACUUUUAGCUUAGGUAAACCUUCAGGGAUUUUCGUGAAGAAUAUAAUACCUGGUAGUGCUGCUGACCACAAUGGCCAAAUUCAUGUUCAUGACAAAAUUGUUGCUGUUGACGGAGUUAAUAUAGAGGAUUAUACCAACCAAGAAGUGGUAGAGGCGUUGCGUAACACAGGACAGACUGUACGCCUUACCUUACUUAGAAGGAAACCUUCUUCUACUGUAUCUUCAGAAAGACCUUCAGAUAAAGGUACAUCUGUUUUUACAGUGCAGCCAACUGUUCCAACCUUUGUGACCUCUGGAGCUGUAGGGACUGAAACUAGUGUGGAUGCUAAGAAUGAGGAAAACCAAAAACAGAAGGAUAAUCUUCAAAAUGACAAGAAGCAGAGUCUACAUAAAACAGGAAGAGUCCCACUCCCUCCAGCACAUGAGCUGAAAUCCAAGUGGGAAAACCUGCUGGGACCUGAAUACGAAGUUAUGGUUGUGAAUGUGGAUAUGCCUAUUACAGAUGAUUCGGAGCUCCAGAAAUACUCAAAGCUAUUACCCAUCCACACUUUGAGAUUAGGAGUUGAGCUUGACACGUUUGAUGGACAUCAUUAUAUAUCAUCCAUUGCUUCAGAUGGUCCAGCUGCAACACUUGGUCUUCUGCAACUGGAGGAUGAACUUCUGGAGGUAAAUGGAGUUCAGCUAUACGGAAAAUCACGCCGCGAGGCAAUCACUUUUCUAAAAGAAGUGCCACCCCCAUUUACAUUGGUUUGCUGUCGGCGACUUUUUGAUGAUGGCAGUGAGUCUCUUGUGGAUGAACCCACCAUGGGAGUUUCCCCUCCAGAACAAAAGGUAGACUUCUCAUGUCAUUCAGAAGACAUUAAUCCUGAGGAGGAAGAAGGGGAAUUAGCAUUAUGGUCUCCUGAUGUGAAGGUUAUUGAACUGGAGAAAGACAAAAAUGGUUUAGGAUUCAGCAUUUUAGACUAUCAGGAUCCCUUAGAUCCAACAAGAACAGCCAUUGUGAUCAGCUCUUUGGUGGCAGGCGGAGUAGCCGAACGUGGGGGUGAGCUUUUACCGGGUGACCGCUUAGUUUUUGUAAACGAGAAAUAUUUGGACAGCGCCACUUUAGCAGAGGCAGUGGAAGUAUUGAAAUCGGUGCCCCCAGGUACAGUUUCUCUUGGAAUCUGCAAGCCUUUGGGAGAAAGCAAAGAGGAGGAGAACAUGCACAGUGUGGAUUCCAGCAACAUUAAAACCAGCCCUGGAUCUCCAGAACCAAUAGAUAAUAUUAAUUUCUCAAUAAUACUUGAAGCACCACAGGGUUUCAGAGAUGAAACACCUUUUAAAGAAGAACUUGUUGAUGAACCAAGUUUGGACUUGGGAAGGUCAUUUCAGCUUUCUCAAAAUGACAAUGAGUAUGAGAAGGAGUCCUGGGAGAUGCAUGAAUUUCUGAAACCUCGAACAGAAGAAAUGGAUGAAGAACGGGAAAUGUUGGUGGAUGAUGAGUAUGAAGAAGAUUCAGACUUCCUGAAAUAUGAUGCAUCGUGUGGACGGAAGGCAACUUCAGAGAGGAACCUUGAUACAGAACGAUGGGCAAAACAACUUGAGACUACUGACAUACAAGACUUAAGAUCCAGUGUUAACUUAAGUCCAAAACAGCCCCUGGAAUAUCCAUUCAAUAAAGAUCAAAUGUGUGAAGAAAAUGCUAGUGUAAGUUCACUAUUUUCUGGAACCACAGGACACAGUGGCUACCAAAAAGACAUAUUUGAUACUGAAACUACCCAGUCAGGAGCAAAAACCAAGAUGGAUUUAGGUACAAAGCUUCAGAUUGACUCUAAAGGACCUGGGCUUGCUGUUGAUCUGGAAGCUAUUGAAAAGGAAGAACUGAAAGGGGAGGAUUAUGUUGUUUCCAAGAACCCGGAAUCUGGGAGAGUAACCACCUUAGCUCAGCCUAGAACAGAGUUGUGCAGUGAAUUACCUGAGAGAGAAGAAGGAGAAGGAGAAGAAACUCCAAACUUCAGCCACUGGGGACCACCACGGACUGUUGAGAUCUUUAGAGACCCUCAUGUGUCUCUUGGAAUCAGUAUUGUUGGUGGACAAACUGUCAUAAAGCGCCUGAAGAAUGGAGAAGAACUUAAAGGGAUCUUUAUCAAACAAGUUUUGGAAGACAGCCCAGCAGGAAGAACAAGGGCUUUAAAAACUGGAGAUAAAAUACUUGAGGUUUCUGGGAUAGACCUACAAAACGCCACACACGAGGAAGCAGUAGAAGCUAUCAAGAAUGCGGGAAAUCCUGUCGUGUUUGUGGUUCAGGGUUUGUCUAACAUACCAAAAGUCGUUUCUGCCAUACAGCCUAAGGGAAUCAAAGUCAGCAAAGAUCAGGAUGCAGACAAAGAACAUAAGAGUGAAAAGAGAAAAUAUGGGGCUCCGCCUCCAAUGAAAUUGCCACCUCCUUAUAGAGCAAUUGAAAGACUGCAUGCAGAGGAAGGUAACGUGGAUGAAGAGGAGGAUGAGGAUGCUUCUGCAGAGAAAAAAAUCAGGCAAAGAUAUGCAGAUCUACCAGGAGAGUUGCACAUUAUUGAGCUUGAGAAAGACAAAAAUGGACUUGGACUGAGUCUUGCUGGCAACAAGGACCGUUCUCGUAUGAGCAUCUUUGUAGUUGGUAUCAAUCCAGAUGGACCUGCGGGACGAGAUGGAAGGAUGCAUAUUGGCGACGAACUUCUAGAGAUAAACAAUCAGAUAUUGUAUGGAAGAAGUCAUCAGAAUGCUUCUGCAAUCAUUAAGACUGCCCCAUCAAAGGUCAAGCUGGUUUUCAUACGAAGCGAAGAUGCGGUCAAUCAGAUGGCUGUUACUCCUUUCCCGUUACCUUCCAGCUCCCACUCUUCUAUUGAGGAUCAUGGUGGCACCGAACCUGCAAGCAGCGAAGAAGACCCGAGUUUGGAAGUUGUCAUGAAAAGCUUGACUGAUGAGGAAUCCAACAAAGCUGUCCUCAACCAGAUCAAACAAUCCAAAUCUUCAACAAAAGUACCAGCCAACUUACAGGAGAUACCCCUGGUGCCAGCACCUACUUAUCUUUCUCCAGAGGCAGAAGUCACCAGCCGUAGCAUCUUUCCACCUCCAUUGCCUGUGGAUCCCGCAACAUGUCCUAUAGUUCCGGGGCAGGAGAUGACUAUAGAGAUAUCUAAGGGUCGGUCAGGCCUAGGACUCAGCAUCGUCGGGGGGAAAGACACUCCACUGGAUGCCAUAGUGAUCCAUGAAGUUUAUGAAGAAGGGGCAGCAGCCCGAGAUGGCAGGCUUUGGGCUGGCGAUCAAAUUCUGGAGGUGAACGGGAUCGAUCUGCGGAAUGCCAGCCAUGAAGAAGCUAUCACUGCCCUGAGACAGACGCCCCAGAAGGUGCAGUUGGUGGUUUAUAGAGAUGAAGCGCAUUACAAAGAUGAAGAAAACCUGGAGAUUUUCUAUGUAGAUAUACAAAAGAAAACAGGCCGAGGACUAGGGCUCAGCAUAGCUGGAAAACGAAAUGGAAGUGGAGUGUUUAUCUCUGACAUUGUUAAAGGAGGAGCUGCAGACCUAGAUGGAAGAUUAAUUCAAGGAGAUCAGAUUUUGUCUGUAAAUGGGGAGGAUAUGAGAAAUGCCUCACAAGAGACUGUUGCCACUAUACUUAAGUGUGCCCAAGGCCUAGUGCAUCUUGAGCUUGGGAGAUUGCGAGCUGGAUCAUGGCUAUCGUCACGGAAAACAUCCCAAAACAGUCAGGCAAGCCAACAGAGUGUCCAUAGCCACUUCCACCCCGCGCUUGCUCCGGUCCUCUCUACCUUACAGAAUUUUGUCAGCACAAAAAGAUCUUCAGCAGAUGUGUCUCGGAGAAACUCAGGAGCAGAUAUGGGCCCAAGGACUGUGGAGAUAACAAGGGGACCAAAUGAUGCACUUGGUAUCAGUAUAGCAGGAGGGAAGGGAAGUCCAUUAGGAGAUAUUCCCAUCUUCAUUGCUAUGAUUCAAGCCAGUGGUGUGGCUGCACGUACCCAAAGACUCAGAGUUGGAGAUCGGAUUGUCAGUAUUAAUGGGCAACCUUUGGAUGGGCUGUCUCAUGCAGAUGCGGUUAAUCUACUAAAGAAUGCUUAUGGGAGCAUUAUCCUGCAGGUUGUGGCUGAUACCAACAUCGGUGCCAUUGCUACCCAGCUGGAGAGCAUGUCUGCAGGAUGCAACCUUAACUCUUCUUCUGAGCAUCCUUCUGAUGAUCCCGAAGCACCUCAGCCUAAGAUUAUUACUUUGGAGAAAGGCUCUGAUGGACUGGGAUUUAGUAUUGUAGGGGGGUAUGGAAGUCCCCAUGGAGACCUGCCCAUUUAUGUCAAGACUAUAUUUGCCAAGGGAGCAGCUGCGGACGAUGGCAGACUGAAGCGUGGCGAUCAGAUUUUAGCAGUUAAUGGGGAAGCUUUGGAAGGUGUUACUCAUGAGCAAGCUGUAGCUAUUCUGAAGCGCCAGAAAGGAACUGUAACAUUAACGGUGUUAUCAUGAAUGUCAUUGCGCUUGCGGAGAUAAAUACAAUUAUUUUAGAACAUCAGUAGAGCUAUAAUAAUACUGUUCAGCCCUGAGCAGAAUGUAGAGCAAACCCUGGCAAAAAUGAAUCAGUAUUCACGCCGUUGCCAGAAAGGGUAGUAUGCAUCUCGAGCUUCAUUUAGCCUUCCACAUUUAUCAGCCUUUCUCCCCGCCCUCCCCUACUUCUGGUGGCUUUUGAGGUUUCUCUGGACAAGCUUAAUUAAGAAACUUCAAAGAACAAUAUCCAUUUUACUUUAUUUAUACAUCGGUUUAUGCCCACUAGCCUGAACCCCAGUUGCAACUGCUGAACCUGGAAUCAAUUCGCACACAAAAGAGAAUUUAGAUCAUCAACUGAUCUCAUCUGAUGAGCAGAAAUAAAUGCCGAGUGACUUGUCAUCUCACUCAUGAUUUACUUAUGCUAAUUGUCCUUUCAAGUAUGCCAGAAAACAUUAGCAAUGUAAUUAAAUUACCACUGUUCCAAAUGAUGAAAUAUCAAAUUCUCCUCUGGGAAAUUAUUUGUGCUCAGCACAGUAAGUCUGAUAGUCAAAUGUGAACUUCUCAUGUUUAUCUUUUUGGGUAGGUCUAUGGAAGUUAGUCAGAGGUAAUUACUGUGAUGUGUCAAUUUGCAGCCUUUAGCAUGAAAAAUAAACUAGGGGAGAGGGAAAUUUAUUUUUUUAGGCUUUUAAAAUGUUUGAGCCUUUUCAGAUAUUUAGGCAGCAUGAACAACAGCAGCGUAUCUCGUUCUCUUCUAAUUAUAUUUUUAAAGAAGAAGAAAUGUGCUGAUAUAUGCCAGGCAUGUUGCAUACAAAGGCAGUUGUUGUUGUGCCAAGUUGCAGCAUAAUUGUUCAUCCUGAAACUUUAAUGAAGACAAAAGUUUGCUUCGGCAAUGUGAUCUUGUAAUUCUAGUAAUGAUGGUGAGCAGUCCCUCUGCACGUUGUCUUUAAGGCUAGAUGAAGUUAAUCCAAACCAGCAAACCGUUUUACAUUUCCAAGAGUCUUCCCAGGAUCAGAUAGUGCAGGAAGAGGCUUUCACGGAUCACAGAGGAUGCUUUUCUCUGGGGGCUGCUGGAGUUCAAUUUUGGAUAAUACCAAAUAAUACGAGGCGGCGGUGAGAUGAUCGCCGCGGAAGACUUCUGCGGCAGUUUAAGAUGAUGUCCUGCCGGGGCGGGCUGCCGUGCCCCUCCUCCCCAGGGCAGAGCAUGCAGAAGGGGGUUCCUCAGCCCCCUCCGGCAACUCAGACAGCUCAGUCGAAGCCCCCGACUAUUUUUUUUUUGGUUUAAGCUAAGCCAGGCGAGAGUGUGCUGAAUGAAACCCACGAGGAGCCUUCCCAAGGCCUGUCCCGCUCUGCGCGGUGGCGGUGGGAUGCAGGAACGUUCAGCCAAAAGUUAGCAACUUCGUUACGUGUCGCAGCCGUUCCUGCAGUGAUUAUAUGACCGUGGCCUUAGUGAUUUAGCAAAUGAAUUUGGUAGGCAGAUUAAUGGCAAUGCAAGUCAUUGUGGUUUAAUCUUCCUACCCAGAGGAACAGUAGGGUUUUAGAGGAAGCAGCCCAGUCUGAUUUGGACUAUUUGGUAUAAUUUAUAAUGAUGAUGUAGCUGGGAGAAAUGAAAGG